AAUUUGCAGUUCAGAAAUGUUUGGACUACCGAUGUCUGACGAUGUAUGGGGUUUCUUCAUCGAAAAACACGAGGCUGCAAAACCUGAUGAUUAUGUCACACAUCUAGAAGAAUGGGAAUGGAACUGGCUUUCGCAAGUGGAAGCACUUGCACGUGAAGAUUUGGAUUUGUCUGAUCCCUUUGCUCCUGCUCUUCAUUUCGCAUUACGGUGCGAUGAGUACUGGAUCGUUAUGCACGCAAGAAGGGGUUUCCCAGCCGAACCGCCUGCCUUGAAUUGCGCAUAUCAACAAGGGUUCUCUUUCGAUUGGUACGUCUUUGGAGAAUCGGAAGAACAGCCUUCGACUCUCUGUGAUAUUGUUCGCCUUUAUCGCGAGUACUGUGAUGUGCUCGAUCUGACGGUAUCACAGCUCAAAUUACUUGAAAACAGCUUCACUUCUUUGAUUGGCUAUGCAUUACAUGAGGAGGAUAAAGAUUGUUUCGCCGUGAAGUUAUCUCUGAAGUCUGCUGUAGAUGAAGUUUUGACGAUUCUUGUUGAUUGGCGCAAUCCUUUGGAUUUCCCACGUCAUCUGUCUAGCACUAACGAAAAGAGGUUUUCCGACUUGAAUUGUGAUUUGUGGGAUGGAAAUGACGACCUACAUGUGAAUAUACAGAGAAUAAUCAAUGGUCAAACUGAAGGAAGCGAGUCCGCACGAAAAGAGCCGGUCUCCAUUCAUAUGCGCACUGUAAUGGAUCGGAAAAACAUGGAAGAAAAACUAGCGCUGAGCCCCUCGAAUAUAGCUUAUUUGCAGGCGUAUAUCAAUAUGACGGCGAAAAAGAAGAAACUCGAAUGCAAGGAAGAAGAAGACAACAAUGUGGACACUGCUGAACUGGUGAAGCAUUACGAGGAGGUCAAGAAAACCCCAACUGUCACCAAAGACGAGUUCAGACAUCUUCCUAAAACUGAACGAGGGGUUGCCCUUCGAAAAGCUUUGAAAAAGAACAAGCGCGCUCGUCAAGCUGAGCGUGAAAAACUCCGAGAAACGCUUGGUGAUGCUGCCCCUCCGAAAGAAGUGCCGAAAACUAUUGAGAGCACGAGAGAGUAUGAUGUGACAAUGGUACAGGAUGACGACGAAGAGGUCGAACAUGACGAGGCUCAUGACGAAUUUGCAUCGUAUUUCAAUCGAGAAACAACACCCAAAGUUCUUAUCACGAUGUCGCCUUUCGCAAAGAAGACUACGUGGAAGUUCUGUUUUGAGUUGCAAAAGUGUAUUCCCAACGCAGAAAUUUUCUCGCGCAAGGGUGUCCCGUUGAAGAAGGUGGUGAAGCAGUCCAUUGCGCGUUCUUAUACUGAUCUCAUUGUUGUGCACGAGGAUCAUAAGAGGCCGAAUGGAAUUAUUUUUUGCCAUCUUCCGGAGGGGCCAACAGCCUACUUCAAAAUCAAUAGUUUGAGAUUCACAAAGGACAUCCCGCGAACUGCUGAAACAACCUCUCACUAUCCUGAGAUCAUCCUUAACAAUUUCAACACGCGUUUAGGCCACACCACUGCAAGGAUGUUUGCCUGCUUGUUCCCGCAUGAUCCUAAGUUUACUGGGCGACGAGUGGUAACUUUUCACAAUCAAAGAGACUACGUCUUUUUCCGACAUCAUCGAUAUGAGUUCAAGAAAGAGGGACAGAAAGCUGCUCUAGUAGAAUUGGGUCCACGUUUCACGUUGCGGUUGAAAUGGUUGCAAAAAGGAACCUUCGAUACCAAAUGGGGAGAGUUUGAAUGGGUACUAAAGCGUCAUGAAAUGGAAACAUCACGACGAAGAUUCUUCUUGUAAACUUAUCGUUGUUAUCCUGCUGUUGUUGUUGAGUUGUUAAGAGUUGAAAUAUGAGACACUGUGUACAAAAUGGAUAAAUAUAUAACAUCU